GCUCUCUUCCACCAUCUCUCUCUCGACACAAUCACUCAGACUGAAACCACUUAGAUCUGAGACCACAAAACCCAAAAACCUCAGCUCAAAGUACGAUCUGGUAAUAGCGGAUGGCAGCUGUUGGAGACACUACAUGUGGUUCUCUACUGCAGCAGUUGCAGCAAAUUUGGGAUGAGGUUGGUGAAAAUGAUGAGGAACGAGAUAAGAUGCUUCUUCAGUUAGAACAGGAGUGCUUGGAUGUGUACAAGAGGAAGGUUGACCAGGCUGUGAAGUCAAGGGCGCACCUUCUUCAGGCAUUGGCAGAUGCUAAAGUUGAACUCUCAAGUCUUCUAUCCGCCCUUGGAGAGAAAUCUUUUGUGGGAACUCCUGAGAAGACUUCAGGAACUAUCAAGGAACAACUUGCAGCUAUAGCACCGGUAUUGGAACAACUUUGGAAACAGAAAGAGGAGAGGAUAAAGGAAUUUUCUGAUGUGCAGUGGCAAAUACAGAAGAUACGUGGAGAAAUUGCAGGAGGGACUAGUGAGCAAGCAGGGGGUCCUGACGAGUCUGAUCUCUCUCUCAAGAAAUUAAACGAAUUCCAAGCGCAACUCCAAGAACUUCAAAAAGAAAAAAGUGACAGGUUGCACAAGGUCCUCGACUUUGUGAGCACAGUGCAUGAUCUUUGUGCUGUCUUAGGGAUGGACUUCUUUAGUACUGUCACGGAAGUUCAUCCAAGCCUGAAUGACUCAACUGGUGUACAGUCUAAAAGCAUAAGCAAUGACACCCUAUCUAGGCUGGCCAAGACUGUCUUGGUACUAAAAGAGGAUAAGAAGCAGAGGCUGCAGAAGCUUCAAGAAUUAGCAACUCAGCUAAUUGACCUUUGGAAUUUGAUGGACUCUCCCCAAGAGGAGCGGAGCUUGUUCGAUCAUAUGACCUGCAACAUAUCAUCUUCAGUGGAUGAAGUGACAAUCCCUGGAGCUCUUGCUUUGGAUUUGAUUGAACAGGCUGAAGUGGAAGUUGAAAGGCUUGAUCAGCUUAAGGCUAGCAGGAUGAAGGAAAUUGCUUUUAAGAAGCAAGCUGAACUCGAAGAUAUUUUUGUUCAAGCUCAUAUAGAAAUUGAUUCAGAGGCUGCUCGAGAAAAAAUAAUGGCACUUAUUGAUUCUGGGAAUGUUGAGCCGUCUGAAUUACUGGCUGACAUGGAUAAUCAGAUAGUAAAUGCAAAGGAAGAAGCCCUGAGCAGAAGAGAAAUAUUGGACAAGGUGGAAAAGUGGAUGUCGGCUUGUGAAGAAGAGAGUUGGCUUGAAGAUUACAAUCGGGAUGAAAACCGGUAUAAUGCGAGCAGAGGUGCACACUUAAAUCUCAAGCGGGCUGAGAAGGCCCGGAUCUUGGUCAGCAAAAUUCCAGCUCUUGUUGACUCCUUGGUUGCCAAAACUGGGACAUGGGAACAAGAACGUGGCAUAUCAUUCACUUAUGACGGGGUUCCUCUACUUGCCAUGCUGGACGAGUAUGCAAUGCUCAGGCAAGACAGAGAAGAAGAGAAAAGGAGGUUGAGGGAUCAGAAGAAGUUCCAUGACCAAUUUAGCAAAGAACAAGAAGCUAUUUUCGGUGCAACACCUAGCCCUGCUCGACCACUUGGUACGAAGAAGGUAGUAGGCCCACGUGCAAAUGGGGGUGCAAACGGAAGUGCAAGCAGACGGCUCUCUUUGAAUGCUCAUCAAAAUGGUUCCAGGUCCACAAGUAAAGAUGGGAAGAGGGACAACACAAGGCCAGUUGCUCCUGUGAACUAUGUUGCUAUAUCAAAAGAGGAUGCUGCCUCGCACAUAUCUGGCAUUGAACCUGUUCCAACCACACCCUGAUAAAUAUGAGAAUCUGUAGGUUUAUACCAUUGUGAAAUUGCUGUUUGUUAUUACUAGCUUAGUUGCUGGAAUAGGGAUAAUCUUUGAAGAGUGAGUGUUUCUAAAGUAGAGAGACUGUGUAGCUUUUUGUGUUAUAUUAGCACUAAACUAUUAAUCUCUAACUAACUCAUGCUCGCUUUCUUUGUUUG